CCCGGCCCCGCCCGCCGGGAGGGCUCUGCCGGCCGCGGCCGCCCCGGCGCUGCCUUCCGCGCUGCCGCCGCUCGCUCGGGCCAUGAAGCCGCGGCGGGGGGAGGUGUCCAUCGCGCUGCAGCCCCACGAGCCGGGGGGGGACACGACCCCUGAGCAGCGCCCCCAGGACUACUUCGCCUGGUCCUUCUUCAACGUGCUGCUGGGGCACCUCGCCUACCUGGGCUGCCUCUGCCUGCCCGCGCUGCUGCUCUCCAUCAGGGCGCGUGACUGCAAUUUGCUGGGGGACCUGGAGGGUGCUCGGCGGCACGGCCUCCGUGCCAAGGUGUUGAACAUCAUCUGCACCGUUCUGAUGGUCGUCGCCGUGGUGUCCGUCGUCGUCCUGGCCAUCAUCCUUGUAACCUCUUCCCGGUGAUCACUGCGUGGCCACCAGCCUGCUGGCUUCCACCCUGGGGGGUGCUUCUCCCCCCAGGAUGUCCCUUUGGCCCCGCUUUGGGCGCGGGACAGCGGACACGACGCCCUGUCCCCGUGCUGCCUGCACCCUUGGGUGUCCCAGCACGGCCACCCCCUGGAAGCAGGUGGGUGGGCCAGGUUGGGACAUGGGGCACAGCCCCACUCUCUCCUUGGCUCACACGCCUGCCAGAGACCUGCUGGCCUUCCCAAUGUCUAACUCAGCUGCGCUGCGUGUCAGUGUCACUGCUGCCAC